GACAGUUGUGACGUCAUAAAUAAGCUAAUAAAAAUAAACUUACAAAACUACUCAAAAAAAAAAAACUUAAAACAAUUUAAAAUAUUUUAAAGGAAAUGUUAUUUCUAGAAAUUUUUAAUAAAAUUUGUUCAUAAUCAAAUGUGUAUAAAUGUUUGCUAAAAGUUUACAAAGCAUACGGCGAGUUAGUUUAUCAUUUGCAUUAUUAAAUAACGUACACAAUAAUUUAACGCGCUCUUGUCUAAAGCCAACAACAAUAGCAAUUGGUGGUUAUCAACGUAAAUUUUGUCAUAGAACUGUGUGGACUUUUGAUUACAGUUUGCCAGAGAUAACAUUAAUUAACAAAACAUUUUGCAUCAUCAGCAGACGCGUGUCGUCACAGUUAAGUAGUGGCUCUAAGAAAAUGUUAAAUUAUUUGCCAUUUUUUACUUGUGGUGAAAUUGUUGCCGGAUUUGGUCGUGGUUCCAAAGAGUUGGGCAUACCAACAGCUAAUUAUCCCCUGGAGGUGGUUAAAUCUCUGCCAGACUGUUUUAAGCCUGGUGUUUAUUUUGGCUGGGCCAAUGUUGACAAUGGACCUGUUUAUAAAAUGGUCAUGAGCAUUGGUUGGAAUCCUUUUUAUGAUAAUAAAGAAAAAAGUAUAGAAACACACAUUUUACAUGAAUUUAAUCGUGACUUAUAUGGCUGUUUACUUAAAGUUUGCAUUGUCGGCUACUUGAGGCCAGAACAAAAUUUUAAAUCUCUAGAAGAUUUAGUUGCCUGCAUUAAGAAUGACAUAGCUCAUGCUGAAGAUGUACUCGAAUCGAAUGAUGUUUAUAAAGAAUUAGAAAGUCAUCAAUUUUUCCUAGAACAUAAUCACCAAAACAAUGACAAUCAUAUAAAUAAUACAACUAGUAAAAGUAAUAAUAGUACAUAGAGUGUUUGUGGUUGUAGUAAUGUUUUUUUUUAUUUUUAUUUAAUUUAUUUUUUUUUUAUAAUAUUACCUCAUAAUUAAUAAUUGGUUUAAUUUAAUUUUAAAUUUGUUUUAGUACUUAAGAACUCGUUUACACCUAUUUUACUUUAUUCUUUUUUAUUCAAUUAUACUAUUGUAAAUGGAAAAAUAGUGCAUAUAUAUUUGUAGAUAAAUACAUAUUUGUGAAACAAA